AUGGAGUCAAUCUCCACGCUCUUUUCAAACAUCCAGGUUGCCUCUGAUGAGUGCAAAUCACUCAUUGGUGAAGCACAGCGUGACCAAAUUAAUUUACUUAAGAAAACAGUCGAAUCAUUAAGAUCUCAGAUUCAGGAUAGAGAUAAUAAAAUCCAGUUCCUUCAAUCAGUUAUUCUUUCUGUUGAAAGCCGUAUAAAUGAUGAAGUAGAAAAGCAAAAAUCAUCGAUUUCUCUAAACCCUCCAGAAAAUGAAAAAUUAGAAGAAAUUUUGGAUGAUAGAGAUGUUAGAAAUAAACUCGACUUACUUGUUAAUUACUUACAAGAAAAGAAGCAACAAGUACCAGCUUCUCCAACAUCUCCAAGAAGAUCAUUUGGUGCUUUUUCAAAGAACGAUCCAAAUGCCGAUGUCGUUAAAAGAUUAAGACAUCAGUUGAUAGGUCAUGUAGACUUUCUUACAAGGCUUGUUGAUUCUCCAGAAUAUCAACAAUUGUUUUUGAUUUCUGAUUCAACUGGAAGAAUAUUCCUCCAAGAAUCUACAAAGAAUCAACUCUUAGAGCAAGCUCGUAGAACCACAGAAUUACUUUAUGAUGUCUCCAAAGACGUACCAAAAGAUACUGAUCUCGCUAACAUUAACGAAGUAAUGUCUCAGAAGAUUGAUUUGGAACACAGGACAGAAAAUCUCAAGCAUUUCAUUAAGUCAAAUGCUCUUACACACCAAGAAGUUUGCGAUUUAUUACUUCAAGAAACAUUCAUCACUUCUUUACUCGCAAAAACAGUUUCUGGUUAUCAGAAGAAGCUCAAACAGGCCGAAAGCAUCACCCAAGUACCACAGUCACCAACAUCUCCAUCAGACUCCUUUGAUAGAAAGGCCAGAAGAAUUAUGCAGCUCAUUAACGAAGCUCUUGGAGAAGAAGAGACAUACUCUAGAGAUACUUUCUUCGCAGGUGUUCAGAAGAUGGCUCAAGACUAUAUCUCUGCAAGAGAAGUUAUCGGAGACAACAAACCACAAAAAUUCACUGAAUACGCUGAAAAACAAACAAAGAUUCUCACAGAACUUUCAAAGAGUGUCAAAGAACUCAAUGAACGCAGCCGUUCCAAUUCAUCAAUUAAUAAUUCCCAACAACAAACUCAACAGCAGAUGCAAAACCAACAACAACAACAGCAACAAUACCAGUAUCAAUCACAAUCUUCUGUCAGCUCAAAUGGCUUGAACUGGACGAUGUGGGCAAGAAGAAUUUACGCUGGUCUUCUUGGCCUCGAUGCUCAGCCAUCAAGUGAAAGAGAGAUGCAGAUUGUUAUAGAAGAAAGUGCACUCACAUCUGUUGGUGGAAGAAGUUUGCAAGUUAGACUUGAAAGCCUUCGCAACCAAAAGAGAUUGAUGAAAUUGCCAGAUUGCCCAAGAAAAGGAAAUGCUUCCUUUAAGACAAUUCUUGCUGUUGCCAUUAGCUUGAAGAGAAUGGAAAGAUGUAGAGAUUAUCUCGGAAGAAGAGAAUUUGAUUAUUUUUAA